AUGGAUGAAAAUGACGAUGUUCCAAAAAAGGGCAAUGAACGGAAUAAGAAGAAGGCAAUUUUUUCAAAUGACGAAUUUUCGGGGGAAGACACUUUGAUGGAGGAACACCUCCAACUGAGGGAAAAGCUCUCAGAAGACAUUGAGAUGAUAAAGUCCUCGCUCAAAAAUAACCUCGUUUGUAGCACGUUGAACGACAAUGAAAUAUUGACCCUGUCUAAUUACAUGCAGUUUUUUGUUUUCAAGAGUGGAGACCUAGUGAUAAAACAGGGGGAGAAAGGAUCCUACUUCUUCAUUAUAAACAGCGGCAAAUUCGACGUGUAUGUAAAUGACAAGAAGGUGAAGAGCAUGGGGAAGGGAAGUUCCUUCGGCGAAGCAGCCCUAAUUCACAACACUCAGAGAAGCGCAACGAUUAUGGCUGAGACGGAUGGGACGCUGUGGGGUGUACAGAGAAGUACCUUCAGGGCAACACUAAAACAACUGUCUAAUAGAAAUUUUAACGAAAACAGAAGUUUCAUUGACUCAGUGUCUGUAUUCGACAUGUUAACUGAAGCACAGAAGAAUAUGAUAACGAAUGCAUGCGUUAUUCAAACUUUUAAACCGGGAGAGAUAAUUGUGAAGCAGGGCGAUUAUGGUGAUGUGUUGUAUAUAUUGAAGGAAGGUAAAGCCACAGUUUUUAUUAACGAUAAAGAAAUAAGAGUACUUAACAAAGGAUCUUACUUCGGAGAACGAGCUCUGUUGUAUGACGAACCGAGAAGUGCCACCAUCAUAGCGAAAGAACACACAUCAUGCGCAUCGAUAUGUAGAAAGUUGUUAAACAUAGUGUUGGGUAAUUUACAAGUUGUCCUAUUCAGGAACAUCAUGACGGAGGCGUUACAACAGAGCGAAAUUUUUAAGCAAUUCAGUGCAGAGCAGCUAAACGAUUUAGCAGACACAGCCAUUGUUAGGGAUUACCCAGCCAAUUAUCACAUUCUUCAUAAGGAUAAGGUUAAGUCGGUUAAGUAUAUUAUCGUAUUAGAAGGGAAGGUGGAGUUAUUUCUGGAUGAUGAAUCUAUAGGCAUACUUACAAGAGGAAAAUCCUUCGGGGAUCAAUACGUUUUGAACCAGAAGCAAAAAUUCAGACAUACAAUAAAAUCUCUUGAAAUUUGCAAAAUUGCUCUGAUCACAGAAUCUUGUUUGGCGGAUUGUCUAGGAGACAACAACAUAGAUGCAUCGAUAGACCAUAACAACAAAAAAAGCAUCAUCAAGAAGAUGUACAUUUUUAGGUACCUAAGUGAGAAGCAAUGCAAUUUACUUAUCGAAGCCUUUAGGACUACCAGGUAUGAAGAGGGGGAUUAUAUAAUUCAAGAAGGAGAAGUGGGUUCAAGGUUCUAUAUCAUAAAGAAUGGGGAAGUAGAAGUAACAAAAAAUGGAAAGAGACUACGGACAUUGGGGAAAAAUGAUUACUUUGGAGAAAGGGCUCUCCUAUAUGAUGAACCCAGAACUGCAUCUAUCAUCAGUAAGGCAACCAAUGUUGAGUGCUGGUUCGUGGAUAAAAGUGUGUUUUUGCAAAUUAUUCAGGGACCCAUGUUAACUCACUUGGAGGAGCGAAUUAAGAUGCAGGACACUAAAGUGGAGAUGGACGAAUUGGAAACUGAAAGAAUUAUAGGUAGAGGUACAUUCGGAACCGUUAAGUUAGUGCACCACAAACCGACACAAAUUAGAUAUGCUCUAAAAUGUGUCAGCAAAAGAAGUAUCAUCAAUCUAAAUCAACAAAACAAUAUUAAAUUGGAGAGGGAAAUUACUGCAGAAAAUGACCACCCAUUCAUAAUUAGACUUGUGAGGACAUUUAAAGAUUCGAAGUGUUUUUAUUUUUUAACGGAGCUAGUUACUGGUGGGGAGUUGUAUGAUGCCAUUAGAAAAUUAGGAUUACUCUCCAAACCUCAGGCACAAUUUUACUUGGGGUCCAUAAUUCUAGCCAUAGAAUAUCUACACGAGAGAAAUAUUGUGUAUCGAGAUUUGAAGCCAGAAAAUAUUCUUCUAGACAAACAGGGCUAUGUAAAACUGAUAGAUUUUGGUUGUGCGAAGAAAAUUCAGGGGAGGGCCUACACACUUGUUGGUACUCCUCACUACAUGGCACCGGAAGUUAUUUUGGGGAAAGGAUAUGGGUGCACUGUGGAUAUAUGGGCACUAGGAGUAUGCCUGUACGAAUUUAUUUGUGGUCCCCUCCCAUUUGGUAAUGACCAAGAAGAUCAACUGGAAAUAUUCAGGGAUAUUCUAACAGGGCAUCUAACAUUUCCCGAGUAUGUGACCGAUCAGGAUAGCAUAAAAUUGAUGAAGCGAUUGUUGUGUAGAUUACCUCAGGGACGAAUUGGAUGUUCCAUAAACGGGUUCAAGGAUAUUAAGGAUCAUGCCUUUUUUAGCAAUUUCAAUUGGGAUAAGUUGGCGGGGCGUUUGCUAGAGCCCCCGCUCGUGUCCAAAGGAGAGACAUAUGCUGAGGAUAUUGACAUUAAGCAGAUCGAGGAGGAGGACGCGCUGUCCGAGGGCGAACCUCUCGACGGGGAUGACAGCUGGGAUGUGGACUUUUGA